AUGGGUAACACCUACGACUUGGUGCAACAGCUUCUCAGGGACCAUCCUUCUAAGGCGGCCGAGCUCCUGAUGAUCUACCUUCAGGAUGAAGAGAAAUGCGCAGCGGCGGAGCGUUAUAUAGGGCAGCACCAACCGCAACGACUUCCCGAGGCGCCAUCUGGACAGCAGUACGAAGCUUUACCGCCACGCGCACAUCAUCGCAACUCGUCUCUACAGCAAGCGUCGGCACGGCACAAUAUUCAGAAUGCCAGGCACAUCAUGCAAACUCCACCCACCAGCGCGGGCUCAGUCAAAUCGGCCACUUCCGGUCUUGCGGCCGCCGGCAUGGAAAAGAUAUCUUUUCUCUCAUGCGACGACGAUGGAGCGGAUCAGCCAGUCAUAGCAAGACGUGCGCCAGGGAGAUACAAUCUGAUUGGCGAUGGAGUGGCGUACGGCCGCGGCCUCAGUGCCGGUCAAUUCGAGGUGGACGAGUCAAUACUCGUACACACAUCUGCUGGAGCCGCGAAGUGGGUGGCUGUCAAGGCCGCCGUGAAUCUCACAUGGCGCCGUCGCAAUGAGUUCAAAACCAAUAUGGAUACAUUCUACGUCGUGUCAGCAAGACUGCUCGAUAGCGAUGUCGUUUUGGGAUCUGAGGAGUCCAUGGAGCGCCAAUUCCCCUCAGAGGUUCAAGAAGCGCAUUCCCCGCAAGGUCGCUACCCACCAGGCUUCGUCACCGUGGACGAAUACGAUCAAGCAGUUCCGCCGCAAGCGCCGACUGCGCCGAUACAUCCAUAUCAACACCAGUAUCAGCCACCGUCUCCCGAAGUUCAACGGGCAUUCGGGCGCGUCGGUGCAAUGCACGAAGUACAACGCAUGCGAGGAUCCGAGCCACCCGCCCAAGUUGCACCAUCAGCGCCCGCGAACUACAGUCCGCAGAGUGACGCACCUAUACCAAUCCCAAGCCAAGGUGAUCCGAGCGACGAGCUCGAAAUUGAAGGUUACUGGGGCAGAAUGCCGAUCAGCAUGUCAGUCGAUAUCAGCGGUUCGGGAGAGCAGUUCUUCCAAGCCUUUCAAUGUAUGGCCAUAGACCGGAAGCGCGGUGACAACCUGGACAGGCAGAGACUGGCGGUGUGGUUGAGAGCGGACGAGGAUGGUCCCGAGGAUGAAGCAUACUACGUCAGUCUUGAUCAAGGUGCACUAGAGAAGCGCUGGAAGAUGGUCGUGAGAUGGAUUCGAAAGAACAAGAACUCGGAAGAACCGCAUCUGUAUGCGACGGUCGAGAUUGCGGACGGGUGA